GACCUUAAUAUGGAGGACAUUUUAAGUUCUCAUCUCUGACUGUAAAUGGGUUGGGGUUUUAAUACCUGUGGCCCGAAUGAGGCUAUGGUUGUCUCUGGCAUGUUUCUAAUCAAACGUUAACUUUUUCUUACUGCCACAGGUUGCUUUCAUAAAAGUCCUUUACUGGUUCCUGGUGGACGAGUAUUUGUCUGGCCAGGAAUUCAAAGAGUGGAAAGAAUGCCAUUGAAUACAAUGACACUAAUCAUUGAAAGCCCUCGAAUCUACACUCAGCUUGGUGUUCCUAUCACAGUAACUGGUGUUGCACAAGUAAAAAUUAAUGGAAGUAACCAAGAAAUGUUAGCGGCUGCAUGUGAACAAUUUCUUGGCAAAUCAGAAAAUGAAAUACGUGAAAUAGCUCAAGAAACACUUGAAGGUCAUCAGCGUGCUAUUAUGGGCAAUAUGACAGUUGAAGAAAUAUACAAAGAUAGAAAAAAAUUUUCAAAAGCUGUUUUUGAAGUAGCCAGUUCGGAUUUGGUGAAUAUGGGAAUUAGUGUAGUUAGUUAUACACUAAAAGAUAUAAAAGAUGAUGAGGGUUAUUUACGUUCACUUGGUUUAGCAAGAACAGCACAAGUUAAAUGUGAUGCACGUAUCGGUGAAGCCGAGGCAAGACGUGAUGCUGGUAUUCGAGAAGCAGAAGCUGAAAAACAACGUGUUGCCGGUAAACUAUUAAAUGAUAUUGAAAUUUCUAAAUCAAAACGUGAUUUUGAAUUACAAAAUGCUGCUUACGAGAAAGAAGUACAAUCACGUAAAGCGGAAUCGGAAUUAGCCUAUGAAUUACAGGCAGCUAAAGUUAAACAACAAAUUAAGGAGGAAGAAAUGCAAAUCACCGUUCUUGAGAAAACGCAACAAAUUCAAGUGGAGGAAUUAGAAAUUGUACGACAAGAACGUCAUUUAGAUGCGACAGUACGGAAACCAGCUGAAGCUGAACGUUUUCGUUUGGAACGUCUCGCUGAAGCUGACCGGCUGCGUUUAACUGCCGAGGCGGAAGCAGAAGCUGAAGCUAUUCGGCUACGUGGUCUUGCUGAGGCGGAAGCAUUAAAAGCUAUAGCACACGCUGAAGCAGAACAAAUGGCAAAGAAAGCUGAAGCAUGGAAAAAUUAUCAGAAUGUUGCUAAAUUAGACAUGGUAUUACAAUCAUUACCAAAAAUUGCUGCAGAGAUUAGUUCACCUUUAACUAAAUGUGAUAAAGUCACUAUGAUUUGUACAGGUGAAGGUGAUAUUGGUGUGGCAAAAUUAACUGGUGAAUUAUUUACAAUUAUGAAUAGUUUACCACAUUUAAUACAUACAAUGACUGGUUUAGAUAUUUAUAAAAAUAUUAAAACUGUUUAAUAAUUUAAACAUUAAAAUACAAAUUAUUUCAUUGAUAUAAUCCUAAAGUCAUUUUCUUUAUUCAAAUCAAAUCAAUCAAGGCGCGCAAUUCAUAAUUAUUGUUAAUUAGUAUUACUAUUGUUGUUGUUGUUGUUGUUGCUGUUGUUGUUGUUGUUAGUGUAAUUUUAUUCUCCAAUUGUUUUAUGAUUUUUCUUUGUUUAUUUUUUCUUAUUCAUAUUUUGCCUACUUAUUUAAUAGUAUAAAUAAAUUUCAUAGAAAUAUUUAACAAA